AUGCCUCUCAUACUCACCUGUGGCUAUCCCUGUUCGGGCAAAUCCUCCGUUGUUGAGGGCUUGCUUCCAGCUCUUCAGUCCAGGCAUCCCACUCACGAGUUUGUUGUGAUUCCUGAACCGGCUAUGCGAGCGACAACGUUGACCACUGCUCAUGACGGUCGUCAAGAGAUCUAUGCAGAUUCGGCUAAAGAGCGCGAACUUCGGGGUCAUCACAAGUCCGAGAUAGAACGGGCCCUGUCAUCGCGCCGUGGAGAUCGGGAUAAUAAAGUUUCUCAACUUGUGGUUAUCAUGGACGCCCCAAAUUACAUCAAGGGCUAUCGGUAUGAGCUGUACUGCCUGGCCAAAUCAUUGAAGCAUCCACAUCUGGUCCUGUUUUGUGACACACAUUCAGACAAAUGUCGCGAGUGGAAUAAAAAGGUUGACCGCUACCCGGAUGACCUUAUCACGGAUAUGAUCGCCCGCUUUGAACCCCCGCAGUCUUCACAACGAUGGGAUAGCCCUCUGUUAACGAUCCGGCCGGAUCAAUGGUCUUGUGUGGAAGACAUUGAUAUCAGCAUUAUCCUAACAGAACUCGAGAAUCUCCUCUUCGACGCAAGUCGACGCGCCGUCAAACCAAACCGUUCGACACAACUCGCUCCACGUGUUUCAACUGACCUUCUGCAGGAACUGGAGCGUGCAACUCAACUGAUCGUCGAUCACAUCUUAUCCAGUCAGUCAAUGGGUGUGCAAUCGAUCUCUCUUCCACCAUCAAUCGUGGCAUCGGAAAAGUUCAUGUCUGAUGUAGCAAACACACAGCUAUCGCUUGUCGGAAGAGAGGCGCAGUUCUCGUUGGCUAACCUCGCCAGAGCCAAACGCCGCUAUAUCACACUUCAGCGAGCAAAACUGGGAGACCUGACAGUUCCCCCGAAUAUCGUCUCCCUUGCUGCCGGUUUCUUACGUUUUCUGGCAACAUCUGAAGGGAUUUCAGACUUUCUUCAUACUGGUUAAAUAUUUUUUAGAAUUCGAAAUAUGACUUUGACUUCCAUUGGAGACUUUUCAAACUAAGGAAGGAUUUGUCGGUCAUUUUAC